AUGGUACAAAGAUGAUUAUAUUCAACAAAUGCAAAAGAUAUUGCAGUAUUAUAUUUUAUGUUAGCUAUUUUUAGUGGUAUGGCAGGAACAGCAAUGUCUUUAAUCAUUAGAUUAGAAUUAGCUGCACCUGGUUCACAAUAUUUACAUGGUAAUUCACAAUUAUUUAAUGUUUUAGUAGUUGGUCAUGCUGUAUUAAUGAUUUUCUUCUUAGUAAUGCCUGCUUUAAUUGGAGGUUUUGGUAACUAUUUAUUACCAUUAAUAAUUGGAGCUACAGAUACAGCAUUUCCAAGAAUUAAUAACAUUGCUUUUUGAGUAUUACCUAUGGGGUUAGUAUGUUUAGUUACAUCAACUUUAGUAGAAUCAGGUGCUGGUACAGGGUGAACUGUCUAUCCACCAUUAUCAUCUAUUCAGGCACAUUCAGGACCUAGUGUAGAUUUAGCAAUUUUUGCAUUACAUUUAACAUCAAUUUCAUCAUUAUUAGGUGCUAUUAAUUUCAUUGUAACAACAUUAAAUAUGAGAACAAAUGGUAUGACAAUGCAUAAAUUACCAUUAUUUGUAUGAUCAAUUUUCAUUACAGCGUUCUUAUUAUUAUUAUCAUUACCUGUAUUAUCUGCUGGUAUUACAAUGUUAUUAUUAGAUAGAAACUUCAAUACUUCAUUCUUUGAAGUAUCAGGAGGUGGUGACCCAAUCUUAUACGAGCAUUUAUUUUGAUUCUUUGGUCACCCUGAAGUAUAUAUUUUAAUUAUUCCUGGAUUUGGUAUUAUUUCACAUGUAGUAUCAACAUAUUCUAAAAAACCUGUAUUUGGUGAAAUUUCAAUGGUAUAUGCUAUGGCUUCAAUUGGAUUAUUAGGAUUCUUAGUAUGAUCACAUCAUAUGUAUAUUGUAGGAUUAGAUGCAGAUCUUAGAGCAUAUUUCCUAUCUGCACUAAUGAUUAUUGCAAUUCCAACAGGAAUUAAAAUUUUCUCAUGAUUAGCUCUAAUCCAUGGUGGUUCAAUUAGAUUAGCACUACCUAUGUUAUAUGCAAUUGCAUUCUUAUUCUUAUUCACAAUGGGUGGUUUAACUGGUGUUGCCUUAGCUAACGCCUCAUUAGAUGUAGCAUUCCACGAUACUUACUACGUGGUGGGACAUUUUCACUAUGUAUUAUCAAUGGGUGCUAUUUUCUCUUUAUUUGCAGGAUACUAUUAUUGAAGUCCUCAAAUUUUAGGUUUAAACUAUAAUGAAAAAUUAGCUCAAAUUCAAUUCUGAUUAAUUUUCAUUGGGGCUAAUGUUAUUUUCUUCCCAAUGCAUUUUUUAGGUAUUAAUGGUAUGCCUAGAAGAAUUCCUGAUUAUCCUGAUGCUUUCGCAGGAUGAAAUUAUGUCGCUUCUAUUGGUUCAUUCAUUGCACUAUUAUCAUUAUUCUUAUUUAUCUAUAUUUUAUAUGAUCAAUUAGUUAAUGGAUUAAACAAUAAAGUUAAUAAUAAAUCAGUUAUUUAUAAUAAAGCACCUGAUUUUGUAGAAUCUAAUCUUAUCUUUAAUUUAAAUACAGUUAAAUCUUCAUCUAUCGAAUUCUUAUUAACUUCUCCACCAGCUGUACACUCAUUUAAUACACCAGCUGUACAAUCUUAA